CGAAUGUCUGUUGAAGUAGUUAUCGAAGUGCACCUAGAAGACUUUCCAAAAUUUGAAGCUUCCAGCAAUGGGCGCCUCUGAAUCUGCCCUCUCUGGUUCUUUAUCGAGUUCAACCGAUCAAAUCACUACCAUUUCAAAGCGAUCAGAAACAGUUGAUCCCGUUUUAGAGAAGCUCAAAUCCCUUAAAAUUUCGUCGCCAAUACUGACGACACCGCCAACGGAGGGUAGCUUAACUGACAUUUUAGUUAGAAAGCCAUCAUCAUCUUCGGCACAAGCUACCGUGGAUCCGAAGGUGUUGGUGGAACUCUUCUCAAUUUAUCGUGAUUGGCAGGAGGAGAAGGCUCAAGAGAUUAGCAAGAAACAGGAAGAUGUAGAAAACAAAAUAGAAGUUGCAGAUGCUUUGGCGGCUAAACUUCUCCAACGUUUUAAUUACUCAGUUUCCACAAUGAAGACGACUUCACAACAUUUAUCAGAAGUUCACACAAUGCAAGUGGAGCUUGGGGAGCUAAAAGGAAGGUUAACUGAGGUCCUCUCCAAUUGUGACGCACUGUGCAAGAGGAUUGCUGCAGAGGGGCCAGAACCACUUAGGUCGUCUAUCAAGCCAUUUGCAGUUGCCACUGCAAACUCGGCAGUAAACCGUAACUCGUCUUCAGAUCAAGGACUUAUACCAACAAAUCAAAGCUCUACAUCUAUAGAAGACAACAUAGAGUGACACUUUAGUGUUUCACCCGUACAUAAUUCAUACAUUCUUUUACUAUACAGUUUUUUUGAGAUCUAAUUUUAUUUGUAUACUUGUUAGGGA